GACUUUGAGAACGUGGUAGCUGGUGAGGACCUUCUUUUCUGGUUUGGAUAACAAAGAUUUUUUAUAACUAACCAAAAACACACCAGAGCCUGUCGUUGCCAAUGGGAGCAAAUUACUCAUAGUGGGCAGAACAAGCAAGGAGUUCGGCAGAGCCAAGCACAAAUUCUUGGAAACAUACAACUGUAUGGAGAUCAAAUGUUUCAUCGAUGAGCAAAUUUGCAGAAUGUCGGCCAAAAUCCAUCUCGCUCCAUCUUCUUCCACUGCCGGCCACUGGGCUUCCUCUCAUCACCAUAUUUGGUAGUGAGUGUUAAACUCCAACCGGAUGCGUCAGAUUUACACAUCCGAUGAAAUAUCGAGCUCAUUGUUCUAUCUGUGUGAAUAAUCUGUGUACCUACACUACAACAUGACCUAUAGUGUACGUAGUUGCGUCGUGCGUAGCGGGUGGGACAACGCUCGUGCACUGCAUUGUUGUGGGGGGAGAGCUCGAGCUUGCAGUUGCAGCCUCAAAACGGUUCCAGGCUAUAGGGAAGAAGCCAAUUCAGAUCCUUGAGCAAAUGCUUUUAUGCGCAUGAUAGAACCCAAUCUAGUAUUUAACAAGACGCAGAGGGCUCCCAACUGCAUUCUUCUCCUUUAUUACUGAAAAAGCCUAAGCAUCUUCCGCUGGAUAAGAACAUUGUGUACGGAAUUACAGCCACUGAGCAGGCCACAUCGCCAUUGCUUUCAAAGGCUGUUGACAAGCUACUAUCUUCAACCAGCAAAGCUGUUUCUAGUUCUAAGCUGUUCAGGUGUCGAGGAUGAGGAAGAAGGCUCGGUACCACAGGGUCCCCGAGCCCCAGCGGCCGCCCUCCCCCAUCCAGCCAUCCCCCAACAAACAGACUCUGACCUAUGCCCAGGCCCAGCGCAUGGUGGACAUGGAGAUUGAUGGCCGGAUGCACCGGAUCAGCAUCUACGACAAGCUGGACGUGAUCUCGGAUGAUGACCCUACGGCUCAGGAGAUUAUGGAGUGCACCAGCAACAAGGAGAACAUGGAGAAGCCUCAGCAGACGCUAAUGCGCUCCGUCCGGUUAAAAAACAACCAGGAGAAGAGAAGUGCAGCUGCGGUCGCACAGAACCACACAACACAUGGAGCUACAGCAGCACCAGUACAGACACUUCCAGAGGCCAAGAUCCGGACUGUGGAGUAUAACCUACCAGCGGUCCCCAGGAGGCCCCCAGUGUACUAUAAGUAUGUGGAGAAGACGUCAGAGGAGUUGGAUGAGGAGGUGGAGUAUGAUAUGGAUGAGGAGGACUACGCCUGGCUGGAAGUAGUUAAUGAUAAGAGGAGGAGUGAGGGCGUCAGUCAGGUGUCCCACAACGUGUUUGAGUUCCUGGUGGACCGCUUUGAGAAAGAGACACAGAUGGAGAAGGUGAGCAAGGGCCAGGACAAGCUGACCAUAGACGAGGAUGCUGUCUGCUGCAUCUGCAUGGACGGAGAUGGCCAGGACAGCAACGUCAUCCUCUUCUGUGACAUGUGCAACUUGGCAGUGCACCAAGAGUGUUACGGUGUCCCUUACAUCCCAGAGGGACAGUGGCUAUGCCGGCACUGCCUCCAGUCGCCCACCCAGCCUGCAGGCUGCAUACUGUGUCCUAACAAAGGUGGAGCAGUGAAAAAGACUGACGAUGACCGCUGGGGUCAUGUGGUGUGCGCCCUGUGGGUGCCGGAGGUAGGGUUUUCCAACACAGUCUUCAUCGAGCCCAUCGACGGAGUCAGCAACAUACCGUCCGCCCGCUGGAAGCUCACCUGCUACCUCUGUAAGGAGAAGGGGGUGGGGGCCUGUAUCCAGUGUCACAAGGCUAACUGCUACACCGCCUUCCACGUCAGCUGUGCUCAGAAAGCAGGACUCUUUAUGAAGAUGGAACCAAUCAAGGAGUUUACAGAGACCGGCGAACCAACGUUUUCGGUGAAGAAGACUGCUUACUGUGGAGCUCACACCCCCAAUAGCUUGGUCAAAAGACCCCUCACCAUCUACGAGGACGCCAAACCCAAAAAUGGAUUGUGUUCCCCUCUGAAAGGGGAGAAGAUGAGGUGCGCCAAUGCACUGACGAAAGGCAGGAAGAGGAAGAGCAAGAAGGUGGAGCCAGAGGAAGAGGUCCCACCCGUGGCUGUGCCUAGCUUUCCUCCCCAAAGGUUAAACACCAUCCUCAACCGGGUGUCUAUGCAGAAAAAGAAGGUGUUUGUGGAGCUGGCUCUAAACUACUGGACUCUAAAGAGACAGGCGAGGAACGGAGUACCCCUCAUCAGACGACUACAGUCUAGCCAACAGUCCCACCAGAAGACCCAUGCUGCACAACCGAAGGAGAGUGAGGAGGAGAGCCGGGCUCUGAAGGAGCAGCUCAAGGAGUGGCAUCGUCUAAGACAUGACCUGGAGAGAGCCAGGCUAUUGCUGGAGCUCAUACGCAAGAGGGAGAAACUCAAGAGAGAAGAGAUGAAGCUGCAGCAGAGCCUGUUGGAGGUCCAGCUGACUCCCUUCAGUAUCCUGCUCAGGUCUGUGCUGGAACAGCUACAGGAGAGAGACCAGUCCUUGAUCUUUGCCCAUCCUGUCGACAUCAAAGAGGUGCCUGACUACCUUGACCACAUCAAGAACCCCAUGGAUUUCUCCACUAUGAGGAAACACAUUGACAACCAGGCCUACAGCAACCUGGAUGAUUUUGAGUCUGACUUCAAUCUCAUCAUCUUCAACUGCAUGAAGUACAACUGUAAGGAUACCUUCUUCCACCGGGCGGCCGCCCGUCUCCGAGACCAGGGUGGGGCUUUGAUCAGGAAGACGCGGAGGGAUGUGGAACGAAUCGGCUUCGAGAAGGACAGCGGGAUGCACCUGCCCGAACCGCCCAAGAUUGAAGCGCCUCCACCGUUUUCCUGGGAGGACGUGGACCAGUUAUUGCUCCCAGCCAACCGGCAGCACAUGCCUCUGGAGGAGCAGCUGAAAGAGCUGCUGGAGAAACUGGACCUGACAUUCUCCAUGAAGUCCAGCCCGUCACGCUCCAAACGCCUCAAGCUGCUCAAGAAAACCAUCAACGACGUGCGCAGCGAGUUGAGCUUCGGCCUGAGGAGGGCGUCCCACCACUCCCAUUCACACUCUUCUCCCUCCCAUCCAGAAAGGAGUAAAGCUGGGGAGGCAGAGGGCGUGAAGAACAAUGGAAUGAGUCCUGAUAAUGAGGGGGACAAAUCAUUACCUCCCAAAUUGGAACCCUCUGACUCCCUAACUCCUCUCCUGCACUUCGAGAGUAACUCAGAACCCCCUACCCUCAAACCCAUCCACCCCAACCACACCCCGGACAGCAAGACCCAUGGACAAGUCAAAUUUGACCGGGAGAAACCCAACAAUGCUUCCUCCACCACUACCAAGACCCUUCUCAAUGGCCACUCCGAAUCCCAGAAUCCCCUGCUUCUUUCAAAGGGGGACAUGAGUGUGGUGGCCACCUCCACCCUGGCCCAACCCUCGGGAACGACUGUCAACCGCCGCACUGCCGUGCUCUUCAGGAAGUCCAAGACCACUAGCUCUGGGAAGAACCAGGGUGGGAGAGGAGGCGGCGAGGCCCAGACAGGGUGCCCUCAGCUGGGCACCAAGACCUUCCUGUCGGUGAUGAUCCCCAGGCUGGAGACCCUCCUCCACCCAAGGACUAGGAAGCGGAGCCACAGUCCCCGUGGAGUGUAUAGCGAGGGGGGUGGAGAAGGGGAGGAAGAGUCCCCUGUCAAACACAUUAACACAGGCCUGUCUAAUGGUUUUGCGAUGGAGGAGGUAAUUGAUGAAAAGAAAGAGCUAGGUGCCAGCAGGCCUCUAGAAACUAGGAGACGGUGUGCCUCUGAGUCCAGCAUCUCAUCUAGUGGUAGUCUGCUGGGCAGCACCAGCACUCUCAGUCUUCCAACAUGUGGUAAAGGCAAACCGGCCCUGGUCCGAAGAAACACUGUGGAUGAUAAGAACGACCUCAUUGCCUGCAUAGAAACCGGGAACUUUGCCAGAGCUGCUAGGAUUGCCGCCGAAGUUGGCAACAGCAAUAUUUGGAUGCCUGCUAGUGCUGCAACAGUUGUUCUGGAACCUUUAAAGCUUGUUUGGGCAAAAUGUAGCGGAUACCCUUCCUAUCCUGCCUUGAUCGUCGACCCCCACAUGCCCCGGGUGGGAUGCCAGCACAAUGGGGUGUCUAUCCCCAUGCCCCCCCUCGACGUCCUCAGGGUUGGAGAACGGAUGCAGUACAAGAACGAAGAAAAACUCUUCCUCGUCCUUUUCUUUGACAACAAACGCAGCUGGCAAUGGCUUCCUAAGUCUAAGAUGGUCCCUCUGGGGAUUGACAAGACCAUCGACAAGAUCAAGAUGAUGGAGGGCAGAACGUCCAGCAUCCGUAAGGCUGUUCAGACGGCCUUCAAACGUGCCAUGAACCAUCUUAGCAUCGUUCAGGAUGAACCUGUCAGCGACAUGAGCGAUGUGGACUAACACACACUUACUCUCCAUUACACACACCCAACCCCCUGAAUUACUGCUCAUGGCCUUGUCCUGUACCUGAGUCUGGCAUACUCUUUCCUUCUCCUAUGUCAGUCUUUCCAGAGUUCUAUGCUGACUGUGUUUACCAGGUGCCUGGCUACCCCCUGGCUUGAUACGGUGCCUCCUUCCUCGUCAGCCCCCGCCCGCUGGUCUGACGGCUGCUGCUUUAAUGAAUGUGCCCGAGUUCCCCUCCUAUCUACCUUUCUCCAAGGUCGUGUUCUAAUUGAAAACUAAUUGAAACAGGGUGGGUUUAAUGGACUUGCCCAAAAAGAAUGCUCAUUUCCGUUUUCUUUCAAAACAGUUUUGAUAUGUUUCAUGUUGUGUUCCAUAAGGAACAUGACCCCAUAACUGUGCUGCAAGACUGCUGCCAUGAUCCUCCUCUAUGCCCUAUGACCAUGCCACUGCCAAGAUGGGCUGCUUCUUCCUCACCUCACUCAUCUCACCUUAUGCCAUUUAUUUCCACCCAAAACUACCUACCAUCUUUUAAAGUUAACUGUAAAUAACUGCAAUAUUUGUCUGACACACUAACUUAUUGUGUAGAUUGAAAGAAAUUGGUACUGUACAAUGGCUUUUCUUACUAGUAUUUAUACUUUUUGGUGAAUUAUGUAAGCACUAUGGUGUGGUAUUUCCAAGUGCUGUGUAAAAAUCCUUACCAGUGUAAAAUGUUUUUUUUCUUUUUUUUUUCCUUUUACAGUUUUGUAUUUUCUUUAAGUUAUUGAAGUUUCUAAAUAUAAGCUUCCCUUUGGCAUUAGUCCUUUUGUAAUAUUUUUUUUUUACGAUAGUUUUAGUAUAUUUUGUUCGUACAUAUUUAUAUGAUUGAGUGCCUUCGGAAAGUAUUCAGACCCCUUGACUUUUUACACAUUUUGUGAGGUUACAGCCUUAUUCUAAAAUGUAUUAAAUUGUUUUUUCCACCUCAUCUACACACAAUACCCCAUAAUGACAAGGCAAAAACAGGUUUUUAGAAAUGUUUGC